GAAUAGCAGCUAGCGCGCAGAACCAGCAGCUGUUGGCCCUAAAGCUGUCGUUUGUGUCGGCGUUUCCGGCCAUGAUUUAAUAUUGCAUAAGCCAGCACUGAACGCAUUACUUCACAUAAUAUGGACGGCUCCCGACUCUUGGGUCGCAGGACGGAGCCUGCAACACGCCAGCAGGAGGUAGCUCAGACGAGCAGUCCCGCGAAAGCAGCACGGCGUUCACGAGGAGGAAAACGACAAAGGCGCUCUCGCCGAAGGCCAGAUGGUGGCGCACUGGCCCCUGUGCUGGCAUCUGUGGUGCACCUUCCGGUUCCAUCAACAGCUGCUGCGGCUGUGUAUCGCCUGACUCCUCGGCUUUCAGAUGCAUUUACAAAGCUACAGCGCAGCAUGGAGGAUGCGCUUGAGCUUGCUGACCGGCUCCUGCUGGUCGACUUCUCCGCGGACUACGACCCGCGGCUGGCGCAGCCUCCAGCAGCUGGUCAGAGCCGGCCCGGCUCCCGCUCCGCGACGCCUCCACGAGCGGCUGUGCAGGCUGCUCGAGACCUGUGCCAGCGGAUUGGCGACGCGGCCAUCAGUAGCAAGACCGCAGCCGCUGGCGCGAGCGGGCCAACGGCCAGCCGCCCCGCUUCCAUCAAGCUGCCCACGCAACUGCCCGCACAGCAGCCGCAGCAACAGCAACCCAACGGGACGCGGACGCCGACGCGCAUCGGUUCCAUGACCGCACGUGACCGGUACGGAGGCCAGGCAGCUACAGCUGCGCUCUCACCCGUGCGCCCAGCCAGCCAGCAGCUGACCGCCGCGCCCACCGCCAGCCCUGGCUUCAUGACGGCUCGGGGCCCACGCAGCAGCGGUGGAGGCGGCGGCGGCGGUGGCGGCGCGGCACAGCUCAACAUGCGGACUUCGGUGGACGGCGCUCUGCAGUUGCGGCAGCCCUCGCCCGCGCGGCCGGUGCAGCAGCAGCAGCAGCAGCAGUUGACGCGGUCACAGGCGCGCAGCUCCUCCCACAUCCCGUACGGCGCCGCGGCGGCCGCAGCCAACAUGCUCGCGCAGGCCAUUGGGGCUGCCAAGACCGCUGGAACGCCGCCGCGGGCACCCUCAGGCAGCGCCAAGCCCCCCGCUUCCGCCUCGGGCCCGUCCGUGCCCUCACUCCUGCUGUCCCGCCUGUCCAGCCAGCAGCCGGCGCAGGCCUCCACGAGCACCGGCGGCGUCACGGUCAUCGGCGGCGCAUUGGGCUCGCCCCUGUCUCCGUCGCGCUCCGCCGCGGCGCAGACUGGCAGCCCGCUGACGUCACGGCAGCGCGGCUCCAGCGGCAGCAUCACCCUGGCGCCCCACGGCGGCGGCGCGCUGACGGUGCGCUCGCCCCGCACGCCCUCGCUGCAGGGGCUGCAGCAGGCGGUCGCGGGCGUGACGCUGCCGGCGGAGCAGCCGCCGCUGUCGGCGCGGCAGCGCUACCCGGCAGAGGCCGAGGCGGAGGCGGGCGGCGGGAAGGGCGGCAAGCUGGUGCUGCAGGUGCCGCAGCGGGAGGAGGGCGCCAAGGAGGUGGGAGGCAAAGUGCAGGCAGCCCCUGCCGGGCCGCGAGGAGUGGUGCCGUCAUUGCGGCUGGGAGGCAUUGCACGGUGAUGAGAACGGGCACGUGCGCACCAUGUGCGACAGCUUGGGAGCGGUUUCACCGUUUGCAUAGUAGGCCUUAGCAGGUUGGCAUUCUUUCUGGAUGAUGACUUGAUGUUUGUUGCAAGCUGUACACGUACCGUUUGUGGCUUGGACGCGCAGUGCCGUGUGGAUGCUGUUGGGGCUGCGUGCUGGCGGGGCGGUGUGAUGCGCUUCGUUACGGGAGGGGGGAGGGUCAGUGGGCUCCGGAC